AGUCUGCUUCGGACCAUCGGCCACUGGACAACGCUGAAAGACUUCAUACUGACUUCAGCGGCAGACAUCAACAAGGUUAACGGGUCAAGUGCGGUUUACUCGGUACAGUGUGACAAAUUGCGCAGAGAACUGUCCGACUGACUGACUGUGCUUUAUUUACCCCUGGAGAAAGUGCUAAGUGCGAUGGGUGUUUUCGAGAGUUGGUGCCUGUUGAUGGUUGGAUUCGGGGUGGUACUGCUGCUAGCUGGACAGAGUUGUCAAGCCCAAGACUUCAAGGGAGCUAUCGAUCACUGCACGAAAGACUUCGAAAUGGACAUGGACAUUGUGGUAUCGCUGAAGUAUGGUGACUUUACUGAGCGCGAUCCGCUUAUUGAGUGCUUCACCGAAUGUUUAAUGAAGAAGUCAGGCUUCAUGUACGAUGACUAUACGUACAACAAAACGCUGAUCAUCGGUUUCGCCGGUCGAUAUUUGGAACCGGAGGGGGCCCAAGCGGUAUACGAUAACUGCAUCGAUCGGUUCGGUCAGACGGUGUGCGUUACGGGGUUCGAGAUGUACCAAUGCAUCCACGAGACGGCCGUCUCCGAGUGGGUCUCAACCAACUUCUAAAGCUGAACCCCUUCAGAAAGCAACCGGAAGAUCAUGGCCAUGGUCACCUUCCAUUAGCGUCAGGCUCGAAUGGAGCUGCAUCGCGCUGGACGCAUCUGAUUACCGUGUAUAGUAAGACAUUAUUGUGUUGUUAGUUUUUUUUUUGCGCUCUGUUUAUAUGCUAUAAGAUCCUCCUAGCUUUAAGUGCAACGUGAAACCAAAAAAGAAUGACUUUUGACUAUUUCACUCGUUAAAUAAAGUCGGAUCAUCGUCCAACCGUCCAACAAACACACACACAA